CAACCUGCCCGUUGUGAGCUCAUCAUCUUGCUCUGCUCCCGCAAACACUCAAUUCUUCACUUUUGUGGAUAUAAUCAUAAUCUCGAAUCGAGCAACCAUGAGUCAAUCAAUAAUCCGAUUUGACAACCCAAAGCUGUCUCACGUAUGGAAGGCGGAUGAUGACUGGACAGGCCUAAAGGAGAAAGAGGAGAGGAAGAAAAGACAGAACAGAUUAAAUCAACGAGCAUAUCGAGUAAGAAAUGCUCCGAAAGAUCAACCGUCUAACAAACGGCGGGCAUUUCGCGUUGAGCGCUUUCGUAUCACUGACCCUCCUCUGCCGAAUUACUUUGGUUCUAACCUUGCUACAUCGAUAUUCAACGUCGCAUAUACCGCCUCACAAGCCUUGUCUUCACUGGACCAUACAUUGAUGAACGAAACCUACUUCCCGCUUUCGUCUGAUCACCUUCUUCAUCUCAUCCACUUUAACGUCUUCCGUGCUCUGAUCUCCAACAAACUGUUACUGAACGACACCACAGUUCUGCUCCGCGCAGGCGAAGAAAUUGUCCUGCCAAUCCACCAGAAUCUCUGCGAAGGGCUGACUCUUGUCCGAACAAAGAAUGAGAAACCCAUUCCACGAACCUUGUAUCCGACCACGAAACAAAUGAGCAUCGCUCACUCCUCAUGGCUCAACAUGUUUCCAUACCCUCAAGUCAGAGACAACCUGAUACAACAUCAGAAGAACUUCAAUCACAGAGACUUAUGCAACGAUUUGUUCGGCGAACUGUUCUUCAAGAACGUGCAAAACUCUCCUUAUCCAAACACAACCUCGGCUCCAAAUGAAACCGCAUCCGAAGUAUGGGAAACAUGGGAGGAUGAUGUUACUGCGAGACGAAAAGGCCUUAUUGUUUGGGGCGAGCCUUGGGAUGUCAAUGCCUGGGAAAUCACUCCAGGGUUCUUGAAGAAGUGGUCGUGGAUUAUAGAAGGAUGUGAAGAGAUUAUCACUGCGAGUAAUCGGUGGAGGGCACAGAGAGAUGAACCUCCAUUGACGUAUGUGACUUCGUCUGGUCCAGAUCCGAAUGCUCGUGAGCCUACCUAUGAGCUUCCAAAGAAUUUGUAUUCUUAA